GGGUAAUAAACAUGGCAGCCGCCAGACAUAUCGGCGUGGAAAUUCCUAAGGAAACCACGAAUGACGCGUGGCCGAAAUGGAAAAUCGGACUGGCAGUGGGUGCCCCUAUUGCAGUAGUCUUGGGUGGAUUGUGGUAUGUCAGAAAACGCAGACAAAACCAGUCUCAAACGAAGAGAGACGAAAGCAAAAGUAAAACCCAGUCUACGAAAGCGAAAGCAGCAAAUCCAGCUUCACAAGGCAGUGUACCAGAUAAGCCUGAAAAGGAGCUGACACCUAGUGAACAGGCACAGGCUGAAAAAAACAAGGGAAAUAAAUACUUCAAAGGAGGAAAGUAUGACCAAGCCAUUAACUGUUACACCAAUGCCAUCAAAAUCUGUCCCCCAGGGGAUAAAGAAGCUUUGUCCACGUUUUAUCACAACAGAGCAGCAGCUUAUGAAAAACUGAAAAAUACAAAGAUGGUGAUAGAUGACUGUAAUGAAGCCUUACGUUUGAAUCCUAAAUAUCAGAAGGCUCUUACUCGCAGGGCAAUAGCAAGUGAACAAAGUGGAGACUUAACCCAAGCCUUGGAGGACGUGACAGCGGUGUGUAUUUUGGAAGGAUUUCAGAACCCCCAAUCUCUGAUGACCGCUGACAGAGUCCUGAAAACUCUUGGACAAACGAAGGCCAAGGAGGCAUUCAAGAAGAGGAAGCCUAUGAUUCCCUCGAGACAGUUUAUCCGUACUUACUUGAGGUCCUUCCAAAAUGACCCAGUCAUAAACGCAGCCAAAGAACUACAGACCCAACAGAAUGGGCACACUGAGGAUGGCAGUCCUUACCAAGAGGCACUGCAGAAGCUGGCCACAGAGGAGUUUGAGGGGAUCAUCGAUUGCUGCUCCAAGGAAAUCGCAGCAAACACAAACAAUUUGGUGGAGGCGAGGCUCCUAAGGGGAACUAUGUAUUUUCUGUGUAAUCAACAAAAAGAGGCCCUAGAAGAUUUUAACCAAGUGUUAGCUGCUGAAACACUAGACAAAAGGGUUAAGGUGAACGCAUUGAUCAAGAGGGGAACACUGUAUAUACAGCAAGAGAAACACACAGAGGGAUUGGAUGAUUUUGCUACCGCGGUUAGAAUUGACCCGGAUAACGUAGAUGUCUACCAUCACCGCGGCCAUCACAACAUUCAGUUGGACAGAAUGGAGGACGCCAUCCGAGAUCUGGAGAAUGCUAUCAGUAAAAGUACAACUUUUGCCCCCUCCCACGUCCAGAAGUCAUUCGCUGAACACAAGAAAGCAACCUCCCAGAUGGCGGGGAUGAACCUUCCCCUCCCUCAGGCAGUCUUACAGUCCUACAAACAAUGUGUGGACAUGUUCCCAGACUACGGAGAAGCUAGGGCUUUAUAUGCUCAGGCCCUUGCUGAUGCUGGGAAGUUUGAGGAGGCUGAUCGCGAGUUUGCGAAAUCUCUGGAACUGGAGCCAGAUAACGCCACAGCGGUGGUACACAGAGGAUUAUUACAGUUACAAUGGAAACAGAACAUUCAGGAAGCCACAACUAUAAUUAAUAAAGCAAUUGAGCUGGAUCCCAAAUGUGAAUAUGCAUAUGAAGUGUUAGGAACUCUGGAGGUUCAAAAAGGUCCUGGUAGUAUGGAGAAAGCUAUCGAGUUGUUUCAGAAAGCGAUAUCUUUGUCCAAGACUGAAUCUGAGAUGGCACAUCUCUUCUCCCUGUCUGAUGCCGCUAAAGCACAGUUAAAUGUCGCAAAGAAACUGGGCAUUAAUUUACCAAGCCUGUCGGCCAUGAACAGCUGAGUGAUCCGUUAGACUGGGACUGCGUGAUCUCCCGAUAAACUGGGAUUUAUAACCAUAACAAUAUUGUGAUCUUAACGCAUUCUAACUACUGUAUGAAGCCUGUGUAAUGUGACAGUAAGGAAAAUUACUGCCAGGUUAUUACUGGAGAAAACACAAGUAGCUUUGUAUGUGCAGUCUCUUUAAUUUGUUUAUUGUACAAGUAUGCUAAUCAAAGUGAUUGAACAUUUGUUCCAUUCCAGUUUGACUUACAUUAUCAGGGUCAUGUAUGGCAAAUGCUUUGUCAAAUUCAUCAUUUCAUCAACAUUAUUUUUUGUGUUUUUGUUCAUUAGAGGCUGAGCAGAGUUUUAUAUGUAUGGAGAUUGAUACAGUAGAAUAAAUAAAUGUCAUAGCAACACA